UUAUUUUCAUCAUUUCGCGCAUAGAUAUCAUAGAGAAAACACAUAUUCGAUUGAACGAGUUAAUUGCGCGCCAACAAUACACAAUAUUUCAAUAUUCGUGUUGCAUUUGACGAUUUAUACAUAAUUGUGAUUUUUUCGGUAUUUAUUUUUUCUUCAGUUUUCUUUGAAAACGUGGGUGUCAUCAAGAGUGUGAUUCAAAAGUGGCCGGCGAGGAUAUACAAAUAAAAUUAAAAAAAAAAAUCAUUCUGCCGGAAGUAUUCAUUCGUCUUGUGAUCGCUUUCAGAACGAAACAAAAAGAAAAUCCAUUGAAAGGACACCGAUACACGCACAGUAAUCGUAACAAUGCAGUUAAUUUUGAAUAAAAAAGUGGCAUUGCUGUUAUGUUUUACAAUAAAUAUUGCACAUUUUAUUGAGUGUACAACAACGGAGAGCAAUACGAGCAAUGAUCAUGUAAACGAUUCGAUUGUUCAGCAGCCAAUUGUCAAGGAUUCGAUGAGUGUGACAAAUAGUGGAAACACAAAGUCCAAUCCAACGGUUGUACCAUCAAAGGUUGAUCAUGCGAAAAAUAUUCAUAAUGCUAUUGUUGGCGGUGUACAGCACAAUUAUCGAAGCUCUUAUGUGGGCAAUCGUUUGAAUCGUCGAUAUCCAACCGCAACCAAUAAACAAGUCGAUUCAAUUGCAUCAACCGAACAAACAACGCUGAUCAAAGCCAAACGAAAACUAACCAAUGAAUUUAACGACGAAAUUAAAUACAAUGUUGGUCCCGGCGUCAAUAUUGGCGUGGAAAAAGACAAAGAAUUGGUCAGCGUUUAUUUGGACGAAGAUUGUCUCAAAGAUGUAUUCACAGGUCGGGGCCGUAAACAAGAUUUGAUUACGAAAAUUUUGCCUUUGUUCAUUCUACCAUUUUUGAUUCAAUCGGCUGUUGUUCCAUUUUUGGUGUCAACGCUUAAAUUGCUGUUGAUCAAAUCGAUUGUUGUUGGAAAAAUAGCCAUAUUCCUUCUACUUUUAUCCGCAUUUAAGAAUCACGUGAAGCCAUAUGGCUAUGAGGCCGGUCCACAAUUUUAUCCAGACGUCCCAAAUCGUCGUUCCGAAGCCCAUCUAACUGGAUAUAGAGUCGAAGGAAAACCAGCCACAUGGAUUAAUUAAUUAGCAUUGUUUAAACUCGAUUCGAUCGAAAAAUUGAUUUUCAUUUUAAGUUUUGGCAUGUGUUUCUCUCUUUUGUAUAAAAUUCAAACAGGAAUUGGUGCACAUUUUCAACCAAAAAAAACAUACACAACAGUUUUAUAGGACAUAGUUUCGGAGAAUAAACGAUGUAGAGAAA